AUGAAUGCUCAUUCGAUUCGACACGCUUGGUUUCCUCCGGCUAUUCCUAAACGCAAACACGAUAACCGAGAAUUUGAUAGUGAAUCCGAAUGGCCUAGCACAUAUCGCCCCCUCUCUGAGCCCACACUUGAAUCUAGACCCACCAAACGUCUUCGCCAGCUCGAAGGCGACCUGGCCGAGCUGACUCUAAGAGCCAGGAACCCAUUGUCAGAAGAACCUAUUACGAUUAACACCGAUCCGGAGGCUUUGAGUCCACCUUAUUCUCACCCUCGAGCUCACUCUAACCAGACCCAUGACGUACCUUUGGACGGAGAAGCAGAGCCCUAUAUCUCGAGCAUCUAUGAAUUUGCGUCACCUCACAUAGGGUCUAGGAGUAGUGUUGCUUCGUUGCCGCUUCAAGGAGAAGUGUCCGAAGUGAAUACUAGUGACGAGGAAUACGAGAUGAAGGAGGAUGUGGAGGGCCAGCAGAUGAAUGGGUCCCGAAUAGGAGGUGGUGUAUUUGUGCGAGGGGAAGAGGGUGUGCCCGGCUAUACCGUUUACGAACCUGAAAAUGGACCUGAAAAGAGAAAACGAAAGGUUGAAGACGAUGAGCAUGGACUUAACAAAAGAGGGAAGAGGAGCUGGUACGAACCUGAAAAAGAUCGCGUUGUGGUCCUGGAUCUUGACUCUUCUGAGGACGAAUCGGUUACUCGUUCUCCGCGUAGACGCCGUUCCGCGUUCUCGCUCACCGCAGCAUCUCAAAAAUCAUCUAGUUCCCGGUCCAGGUCCCAGACCGAAACUCGAGAGGACACACCCGAAUUCGUUAUCAACCCCAAACUAUUAUUACAUAUCUCCUCCACAACAAGCGUCCCUUCGAUCCCAAGAGAAGAGAAUUCAACGCAAGCUGUCAUUUUGUACAAACCCGCUCCGUGGAUUACUGAACCUCAUGAGGGUGAGCCAGAGGUAACCGACAUCGAAAAUAUCGUUCCGGAGAGUAGUAUACCAAUGGAGGCCUCACCUCUUGUUCAAGACGAUGAUGCCAUGGAUAUUGACUCGUAG